AUGGCGACCGGCGGGCGGGAGACGUCGAAGCGGGGAUGGAGCGAGAGCGUCGGCGGCGCGUGCCUCCGGGAGGUCGGAGCGGCGCGUGCGGGUGAGGUCACCGCCGAAGGAACGACGCUGCGGUCCGGACGGGCGCUGGCGGAGCGCUGCCAUCACGCCGGCACAGCUGGCGGUGCCACGGCCCCGGCGGGGAGCGGGGUGCGGAACGGCGGAGCGCGGAGUUCCCGGAGCGAUGGGUCCGAGGCGCGGCGCGGGGAAGGCGGCAAGGCGGAGCAGCGCCCGAACGGCGCCGGAGAGGAGGCGGCGGGGAGAGCCGCGCGGGACGGCGGAGCGAGGAGGAGCUCCGUAGGAAGUAACGGGGAGAGCGCCCGGAGCGAGAGGAGGAGAGCGGCGCGGGGCCGGCGGGAAGUGGAGCGCCGGGCGAGAUGCGCGGAGCCGGCCGCGGAUGGGCGGAACGGCCGCCAAGAGCCGCACGCAGCGCCCGCGGCUCCGGGAUCGCGGCGCUCCGAAUCCGACCCCGAAAUGGGGAGCGACGGCUUGCGGCCUGCUGGCGACGAGAGCUUCGCGGCAGCUAAAAUACGGCGAGAAGAAUCUGUCCCACGGACACAAGUGGAUAGGAGGAAAACGAGUCCGUAUUUUUCAAGUAAAUACAGUAAGGAAGCUCCCAGCCCGCCUAGGAGGAAGGCCUUCAGGAAAUGGACUCCUCCACGCUCCCCUUUCAAUUUGGUCCAAGAAACACUUUUCCACGAUCCGUGGAAACUUCUCAUUGCGACCAUAUUUCUCAAUAAGACUUCAGGUAAAAUGGCAAUUCCUGUGCUCUGGGAGUUCCUCAGGAAGUACCCUUCCCCUGAAGUAGCCAGAACUGCAGACUGGAAAGAAAUGUCAGAGCUGCUCAGACCUCUCGGCCUCUAUGCGCUCAGAGCAAAAACAAUAAUCAAGUUUUCAGACGAGUACCUGCACAAGCAGUGGAAGUACCCCAUUGAGCUGCACGGAAUCGGAAAGUACGGAAAUGACUCCUACAGAAUCUUCUGCGUCAAUGAGUGGAAAGAGGUGCAGCCUCAGGACCACAAGCUGAGCGUCUACCACACAUGGCUCUGGGAAAACUAUGAGAAGCUGAGUGGGGACUGAGUGCAGCCUCAGGUGUGCCAGCAGUGGGCUGCGCAGCAUCAGAGCUGUGCUGAGCAUCGCGUUCUUAGUUUAUAUGUUGUGUGACAUCAACUCAGAUAAUCACUGUAAUAAAAUGUUCAAGCGCUUUAAAGGUUUUUAAUAAACGUAUCUAACUUUGUAA